UACAACAUAGGAUUACACGUCGGACCUAAUAGAGCCUACAUAGAAAAGAGAUAGCAUGAAGACUAUAACGGUAAUUCUUGGUCUAUUGGCUCACGUAUGGACUGCAUCAGGUUGUUUAGAUGUCGUUUUUUCUCUCGACACAAGUUGUUCAAUAACAGACGCUGACAGAGAAGUCAUGCGAGAAAUAGUCCUGGCUGUAGUCAGUAGUUUCCGAACUAUAGGUACUGGUUUAAAUGAUUAUCAAGUCGGCUUGUUAACCUUCAACAGAGGUGUACAAAAUGUAUUCUUCCUCAAUGAAUAUAGUGACAAAGAGGCUCUGUUGGACGCUAUUGGAAAAGCCAGUCUGCAGCCAGUUGAUUGUAGAACUACAACAUACACAGCUCUGGAUCGAAUUAGGACAGACUUUUUUAAUCCUGAAAAUGGGGACAGGGCAAAUAAUACAAACUUCCAUCUUAUGAUGACUGAUGGUGUGACGUCACCAGCAUCGAAAUACAAACUGACUAUUAGAAGCGCUGCUAAACUGAAAGAAACGGGUGCUGAGUCAAUGGUGGUAGCGUUUCAAAAUUCCAAAAGCAAAGACGGUUCAAUGGAAUGGGAGGCCAUAUCUACAAUAGGUAUACUAGAGUUUGAUUUAGAGGGCGAUGCAGAGGAAAUGGCGGAAGAGAUAUCAACAGCAAUGAGCAGUAAUGAGCAACUAAGUUGUCCAGAAGAUUUUAUCGAGAUGUGUGGAGAGCCACUGGACAUCGUUUUUAUCUUAGAUGUCUCUAACAGUAUUACAAUACCCGAUCUACAGAAGGUAGUAUCAUUUCUUAAGAAUAUGACUUCAAGGUUUGACAUUGGAAACUUAGGCUUCCAAACUCAGGUCGCUGCCAUGAGUUUUAACCGUGAGGUAUUCCAGCACUUUCAACUGAAUGACUUUGAUAACUUGGAUGAUGUUCUAGCAGCGCUGGACGCAAUUCCCCUGGUAAACGGUAUCCACACAAGGACUGACCUUGCUCUGCUAGCCGCUAGUGAGGUUUUCUUUACAGAAGGCAAUGGUGAUCGACCAAAUGUCCCAAAUGUAAUCAUAUUGGCAACGGACGGACGCACGUAUCCAGUUAGGUUCGAUAAGAAAACAUUCAAGUAUGCAACUGCAGCAAAAGAAGCAGGGGACAAAAUAUAUGUUUUAGGACUUCCUAAUGAUAGAGGAAGGUCUGGAAGAGAUGAAUGGGAACAGGUGGUAAGCGAACCCGCCUCUGAGUACCUGUUUGAACUGGAUACGUUUUCUGAGCUAGGUAAUAUUCUAGAUGUAGAAAAAAUGCAAAACAUUUUUCAUAUAUUUUUUUCUAAAGUUCACUAAAG